CACUAUACAGAAGUUGCAUCACCAGCACUAUCUCAUCUAGGCUAGGCUGAGCUUAAAGAAUUAACAGAUCUCUACAGAUAAGAGGGCAGACAACUGCUACCAGGACUGCUACAAGUAUAUAGAACUAGAAGAGGCCAACCAGUGAUCUGAUUGGACGGACGAUGAGUAGACUACGACUGUCACUACGUAACUGUUGUACCCGAUGUACCCGUUAUCCGUGUUGGCUCCAGUGGCGGGAGUGGUGCAAGCCACUGAUGCUGGUCCUAUAUCUGAUAGUACUACUGGUGGUACUGCCACUGCUUAUAUAUGAGCUCUACAAGGAGAAUGCAGGGGAUCGGUUCAAGGCGUGGUUUGUGGCCGGUCUGUUCGUCCUCCUCACUCUACCCAUAUUCUUUAUUGGGGUCAUGCAGCACAUGUUCAACUACACAAAACCAUAUUUGCAGAAGCACAUCAUCAGGAUCUUGUGGAUAGUUCCCAUCUACUCACUCAACAGUUGGCUGGGACUUAUCUCCCCAUCGACUGCCGUGUACUGGGAUGCUAUCAAGGAGUGCUAUGAAGCGUAUGUACUCUAUAACUUUCUUUGCUACCUCCUCAACUUUCUGGAGAGUGAGUAUGACAUCGUGUCUGAGCUGGAGGCACUGUAUCCGAUUGGCCAGCCCAUUCCAUGUUGCUGCUGCCCCCCGUGGCCAAAGGGACGAAGAUUUAUCUUCUGGUGCAAGUUUGGGACCCUCCAGUACACAGUAUCCCGGCUCCUCUUCACCCUCAUUGCUCUGAUCACCCAAUGGUGUGGUGUGUAUGAGAAGGGCAAGAUACGGUUUGACAAGGCCUGGAUCUACAUCGCCAUCUUCAAUGCCAUCUCCCAGAUGAUAGCCAUUCAUACCCUCAUCUACUUCUACAAAGGCACUAGGAAACUACUGGGGCCAAUCCAUCCUAUCUUUAAGUUCCUCACUAUCAAAGCUAUCAUCUUUGCCAUAUUCUGGCAAGCAGUGUUCAUUGCCAUCCUGGUGAAGGUGGAAGCUUUGCCCAAGGAGUGGAAAGAGUAUGAUGUGCAAGACGUGGCAGAGGGUCUCCAGAACUUCAUCAUCUGUGUGGAGAUGCUCCUCUUUGCAUUGGCUCACUACUUUGUGUUCUCACACAAACCCUUCGUGGACCCGGCUGCUGCCAGAGCUCCGUGCAUCGCCUCCUGUCUCAGAAUGCUUGAUGUGAGGGACGUGGCAGAUGAUGUUAAAGAACAUUUUGUUGAUCCCAUCCCUCGCCCAAGACUACCCACCAUCACUCGGAGGAACACAGCAAAACGAGGGGACAAAUUUGAAACCACCCCCUUAAUUAAUGACACACCCUCUUCUUUCAACUCGGACACCGAACACAUGCCACAAUUGAGUGCCCCACGAACUAAUCAUGAAGUGAGUUCAGAGUUCAGUGUUCUCACGUAUAGAGACCUUGACCCCCGACCUGCAUUUGGACGUACCAGCAAGUUGCCUGAGGAGGAUACUGAACAAGCCAGCAGCUGCACCAGUGGACAAGACUCUCCUCCGAACAGCUCUAGCUCUGCAUAGCUACCAUUGUUAUUAUUAUUAUUGCGUUGUUUCAUUAAUUUUUACCAUUUACCAAGAAUUAAUUUGUUUAUGUUUACAAAAAUUAAUUAACACAUG